AUGGGGUAUAUCCAAGAACUCAUUAAGAGUUCUCUUCCGGGUGUAUACGUUCAUUCUAUUAAGAUUGGUAAGGAUGAGGAAGCGGACAAGAAGGCGGGCUUUUUUGGCAAUGCUAAUAACGAGGUGGCGGACGUGUGCAAGAAAUUAAAAGCGGACGAAAAUCUUCAACAGGGUUUUAAUGCUAUUGGGUUCUCGCAGGGUGGACAAUUCCUACGUGCAUAUGUGGAGCGUUGUAACGAUCCGCCUGUAUACAAUCUCGUUACGUUUGGCUCGCAACAUCAAGGCAUCGCUGAUAUCCCAAAAUGCAAAGACGGCGACUUUUUAUGUACCUUGAUGCGAUCUAUUGCAGCUCGUGGUGCAUACUCUGGCUACGUCCGCGAACGUAUAAUUCCUGCUCAAUAUUACAAAGAUCCUUUUCGAUUAGAGUUAUAUAAAGAGCGGAGCAUAUUCCUACCCGAUAUAAACAAUGAAUUGGAAGAAAAGAAUCCGUUAUACAAGACGAACCUGGCAAGUUUGAAUUUGUUCGUAAUGAUCAAGUUUACUGAAGAGACUACUGUUGAGCCUCCAGAGUCAUCGUGGUUCGGAUACUAUAAUGAAGACGGAGAAAUUUUAUCGUUGUUUGACAUGCCAAUAUAUCAAGAAGACUGGUUAGGUCUGCGUCAGCUGAACGAGACAAACAGACUGGUUUUCCUAGAAUGUGAAGGCAAACACAUGCACCUUGAAGAAGACUACUUUUCCGAAAUCGUUAAAUCAUAUCUUAGUGAGCCUUUCGGAAGUUAUCUUACUAUUCAGAAUUAA